GAGGAUUUUGAGACACGGAGAAGUUAAGUGACUUGUCCAAGCCAAGGUAAGCAAUAAGGAGAGGAGCCGGGAUCUGAAUCCAGAUGGGUCUAGAACUUAGGCUUCUAUGCACCAUUGCUCAAACCCCAGUGUGUUUCAUACUUACCUGAAAGCUUGUUGGAAAUUCAGAUGCCAGGGCCCAUCCCAGUGUCUUCGGGGGCCUAGGAGUCUGCAUUCGUAGCAUUCCUGAGGCAGGUAAUCCAGAGACCGAACUCUGAGAAAUUCUCGGUACAAUACCAGGAGGGGAGGCCUUGUGAGAGCAGGGCGGCUGGCCGGGUGCCACCUCUGACUUGUUACUGACAGUGUCCUGAUCUGACCAUUUCCGAGGUGAUAAGGUUGCUUCUUACCCCGGAGGUGCCAGCGAGGUGGGAAAGGUGCCCUGCCACUGCAUGACUUUUCUUAUUCAUGGUGUAGUCUCUGGCUAUGUCUGUCUUGUUGCUUUUUUCUUUGUUGGCUUUUCUGUUUUACAAAUGAGGCCCUGCAUGACGGCUGAAGAAGGAUUUAAAGCCCCAAAACGUCUUUUUCUGAUGAACAAGAAGAAGAAGAGGCAGCCAACCAGAAACUUGCUCUACAGAAAGCCAAGGAGGUGGCCGAAGUGAGUCCUUUGUCCGCAGCCAACAUGUCAAUAGCUGUCAAGGAGCAACUGAGGAACCAGAAGCCCACCAAGUCCGUGUGGGAGCAGCGGGCGAGCGAGAUGCGGAAGCAGAACCUGCUGGCCAGCCGGGAGGCCCUGUACCCCGAGAUGGACCCCGAAGAGCGCUGGAAGGCUUCGUACGCACGGCACCUGCGGCCUGAUAUGAAGACCCACCUGGACCGGCCGCUGGUGGUCGACCCCCAGGAGAACCGCAACAACAACACCAACAAGAGCCGGGCGGCCGAGUCCGCGGCGGAGCAGCGUCUCGGGCAGCAGCGGGUGGAGGACGUGCUGCGGAAACCGGCGCGCUACCGCGAGCGGGCGCGGGACGCCUGCGGCGCUGGGGGCCCGGACGCCCGGAGGCCCUGGGCGGGCAGCCCGGAGGCCGAGCCGGGCCGGGAGGGGCCGUACGGCCGCGAGUCGGACCCCCGCGCCCAUGAGGGCGGCCUGGAGCAGCCGCGGCCCUGGGAGGGCGAGGCCGAGCGGGCCGAGGCCGGGGAUCCCCGCCGGAGGCACGCGCCCCGGCCGGCGGGCGGCUCGCCCCGCGCGGGGGCAGACGGGGAGCCCCGCCGGCACCGCGCCCACCGCAGGCCGGCCGACGAGGGCCCCGAGGACAGGGCCGAGCGGCGGGCCCGGCACCGCGAGGGCAGCCGGCCGGCCCGAGGCGGCGAGGGCGAGGGCGACGGGCCCGACGGCGGCGAGCGGAGGCGGCGGCACCGGCACGGGCCUCCCGCCACGUGUGACGCGGACGCGCGGAGGGACGACAAGGAACACAGGCACCGGAGGAGGAAAGAAAACCAGGUCUCCCGAUCGGGCCCCAGCCUGUCGACCACCCGGCCAAUCCAGCAGGACCUGGGCCGCCAAGAGCCGCCGCUGGCCGAGGACAUCGACAACAUGAAGAACAACAAACUGGCCACCGCGGAGUCUGCCGGUCCCCACGCUGGCCUUGGCCAUACCGGCCUGCCCCAGAGCCCAGCCAAGAUGGGGAACAGCACUGACCCUGGGCCCAUGCUGGCCCCACCUGCCAUGGCCACCAACCCCCAGAACACAGCCAGCCGGCGGAUGCCCAACAACCCGGGGAACCCGUCCAACCCGGGCCCCCUCAAGACCCCCGAGAACAGCCUUAUCGUCACCAACCCCAGCAGCACCCAGACCAACUCAGCUAAGACUGCCAGGAAGCCCGAGCACACCACGGUGGACAUCCCCCCGGCCUGCCCGCCUCCGGUCAACCACACCGUCCUCCAAGUGAACAAAAACGCCAACCCAGACCCACUGCCAAAAAAGGAGGAAGAGAAGAAGGAGGAGGAGGAAGAUGAUCCUGGGGAAGACGGCCCCAAGCCCAUGCCCCCCUACAGCUCUAUGUUUAUCCUCUCCACGACCAACCCCCUUCGCCGCCUGUGCCAUUACAUCUUGAACCUGCGCUACUUUGAGAUGUGCAUCCUCAUGGUCAUUGCCAUGAGCAGCAUCGCCCUGGCGGCCGAGGACCCCGUGCAGCCCAACGCACCGAGGAACAAU